CUCCACAGUAGGAGCCCUCCUUGCUAAAGAUCUACAACUAUUCUUGAUCACAUGUCACAGCUUACCAUCCCCUUCCAACAUAGGUAAAUAUAUACUUUUGAUCACAUUACAUUUUGGGCUAAAUUUAGUAACAAAAAAUGGAACACCCUUAUCAUAAUGCUUAUAAUCAGAAUGUGGGUUUCAGAUUGUCGUGUCCCACCAGACUUCUAUAAAUAUCAAUACAUGGCAAGACUGUGUCGGUAACUUUCCUAAAUGCCCUACUCAAAUCUUGUUUGUCAUAAUCCCGGGCAAAUAAUCUGUCCUUCAACUCACAUGAGACAGUAAGAAAAUCCUCAGAUAAAGUAGAGUUUCUGCUUACCCAUAAAAAUGGCCCCACUAGGAUAGCUAUAAUCAUUUUUAACAUGAAGGAUGAUAUUGCCACUGCAAGAUCUUCUAUGAGAACUAGAUGUAUGAGUGACAAAGAAAUGUUUGUCUAUAUGGUGUUUUGGUAUGAAUGAACUUCAUCUAUGCAAUUGUUUUGGAGAAUAUGAUUUGGAUGAACCAAAAUGACAUGAAAAUAAGUCUAGACAGUGCACUUUAAAAAGGUGCUUCAUUGUGUCUGAACAGGUGCUCAUUUGCAAAUUUGUCAACAUGAACAAUAAAUUCUCUAUCCAUUUGUGUUCAUCUGUUUUGGAUAUAACACAUUUUAUUCUCUUCGGAACAAUCACAAAUGCUAAAAAGUCUGUUUUAGCAAUCUUAUUGUCGAACACGUGUAACACAUUUUUCUACUGUGAGAAAUCAAGUUUUGAAAUAGUUUGUACUUAAAAUGAAAUUGUCACGAAGCUACACUUUAGGCCAUAACACCCACUUAUACUCUGAAUAGAUCAUUUAUAAUCUAUUUAAGUGCUUAAAGGAGCACUCUGGGCACAAUAACAUCAGAAUGAAGUUGUUUGGUGUGAAGAGGUCCCGGGUGCCGGUUAACGUAAAGGAACUAACAUUUUAAACCCAGAGUAUUCAAUCCAGGGCCCAUCAGUUCUGCCACUUUAUAAUAAUAUAAUAAUAAUUUGCGAUUUUUAUAGCGCUUUUCUCCCUGUGAGACUCAAAGCACUUUACAAAUAUACAAACAUAAAGACAUAAAAGUUAGGAGUUUCUGAAGGUCAGAAGAGCGUACUAAAUGCCUGAUUGAAGAGGUGGGCUUUUUUUUUAAUUUUUAAAGUCUAAGGACGUUGCCUUUCUGCUUGCACACGGUAAAGAGUUCCAGAAGGUAGGGGCAGCGUUGCUGAAUGCCCUGGAACCGGAGUCUGUCUUUAUUCUUGACACUGACAGGAGGGAUUUACUGGGAUGGAAUAUAAGGUGUCAGGAGCUCUUUCAGGUCCUGUGGGCCUUGCUUUUGAUUGUUUAAGACUUUGAAGGUUAGCAGGCCAAUUUUAAAAUAUGUUCGCCAUUUAAUUGGAAGCCAAUGCAGGGAGUGGGAGGUGUUAUGUGGCAGGAGCGAGUUUGAUUGGCCAGUAGUCUGGCUGCUGCAUUUUGUACAGUCUGAAGACAAUGGAGUUCUUUUCAUGGAGGCCCAAGUAAAGUACAUUGCAGUAAUCUAGCCGAGAGGAUUCAAAUGCAUGGAUUAAUGUUGGCAUAUCAUCCAGUAGAAUUAAGUGUUGUAUCCUGGCUAUGUUUUCAGAUGAAAGUAGGCAGAUUUUAUUACAGAGGAAAUCUGCUGUUUAAAUGAUAGUCCAGAGUCAAUCAGCACUCAGAGGUUUCAUACCUUUGAUGAACUAAUGAGUCUCUAAGCUCCAGGCCAGUUGGGUGAUCAUGGAAUAUUUUUGUUGCCCGGGGUCCCCUCUCCAAGAGUAAUUCUGUUUGUCUGGGUUCACUUUAAGUCAACAAGUAUUCAUCCAUUUUAUUAGGUCUGCUAAGCAACUGUUGAUGUGGCAUGUUGGGUCUGUUGUAUCUGGAGCAAAGGAGAAGUAGAGUUGUGUGUCAUCAGCAUAACAAUGAUACCUUAGGCCAUGUCGCCUAAUAAUGUCCCCUAGUGGUAGCAAGUAAAUUGCAAAUAACAUGAGAGACAAGAUGGAUCCUUGUGGAACUCCGAUGAGCUUGAUCCUGAUGUUACUCUCUGUGAUCUACCAGUGAGGAAAGAUUUAAACCAGUUAAGGACUGUGCCUCCUAAACCACAGAUGUGCUGCAAGCACUCUAUUAAAAUCCUAUGGUCAAUGGUGUAAAAUGCAGCUGAGAGAUCCGAGAGGAUUAGGAUGGAGUAAUCACCUUAGUCUCUCGCAUAAAAAGAUAAUUUAGCACUCGGGACUAGCGCUGUUUCAGUGCUGUGGCGGCAUCUGAAGCCUAACUGGAAAGGAUCAAAGAUGUUCAAGCUUGAUAGAUGGGCCUCCAGUUGAAUUGCCACUACUUUUUCAAUUAUUUCCCCCGAAAUGGAAGGAUGGAUACGGGUCUGUAAUUAGCCAUGCAGUCUGGGUCAAAUAAAGUUUUUUUUAGGAGUGGUUUUACCACAGCUUCUUUUAGAGGAUCUGGGAAGUUUCCAUUUUUUAGUGAGCACAGUUCAUUUAACUCCCUUUAUAUUCACAUUUGUAAAGGUGGACCAUAGACUGGGGCAAUCUGUCAUUCUAUUGUAGAGGUUCUGGUGUAACUGUUUGGCCCGCUGUGAUCGAGGCUCGAAUGGAGGAAAUCUUGUCUCUGAAAAAGAUCGUGAAUGCUUCACACUUAUCCUGAGAUAAGUUGGUGGGGAUAUGCAUACACGCUGGUUUGCAGAGCCUUUCUACUGUGCGAAACAGUUGCCUGGGUCUAUUGUGGGAGAGUGCAAUUUUGCGUGAUAAAAAUGGUGGAAUUAGGUCAUCUUGAUAUGAAUUGAUAUUCAUUUAGAUGUUUAGUAAGAGCGGCUUUAUCCUCUUGAUCAUGUGUUCUGUGCCACUUUCGCACGAGUCUCCAGCCUAUUCUCUUCAUUUCUCUGAUGGUGCUGUCAAACCACGGCAUUGUUGACAGUGCGUAUGUGUGUUGUUGCAAUUCUUUCUAGGGUGUCUCUCUCAUGGUUUUGUUGUAGAGUCGGAUUAAGGAGCUGGGGUAUUCACAGGUGCCCAUUAGUUCACUUAGAUCCAUAUGUGAUGUUACAUCCAAUGACGGCACCCUUUUUAAUGAGCGGUGUUUGACCAGGUUCUGAGACUGGGGUGUGGCUGAUUGUGAUACAAUGGAGAAGUGAAUGGAGUUGUGGUCUGACCAAACAACUGGAUUUACAGUUACUGGUGACACCUCUAGUCCAGACUGGAACACUAGAUGAAGUGUAUGACCUUAUCUGUGGGUGGAAGUGGCAGCGAUUUGUGUGAAGCAGAGUGCACUCAUCAAGCUGAGGAGAUCCCAAGUAGGCAUAGGGCGUCAUCAAAGUGUUGAAGUCUUCCAAUAAAAGCCAUCUGGGGUGUUCAAGGAUUAAGCCAGCCAAAAGGUCUGAGAGUUCCUGAAGAAAUCUCUUCCCAUCUCCUGGGGGUCUGUAUAUUAACAGUAUCCAAAAUCCUCUAUCUAUUGAGAGGCUGGCAGCUACGCAUUCAAAAGAUUAGGGUAUGUGGACUGACAUUGGUCUGGGAUUUAAGGAUGAUUUUGCACAGAUCAUAACUCCACCUCCCUUGUGAUCUUGUCUCGGGUGGUGGAACACUGUGUUAUUGCAUGGAAUAGCUGCCUCUAGAGUAGGCCCUGCAUUUUCAUCUAGCCAUGAUUCUAUAAUGCACGCUAAUUCGCAUGUUUCAAUAAGGUCGGCAAUAAUAGCUGUUUUGUUCCUUAUUGAUCUGGUAUUGCACAGGAUUGAUCUGAUAGGACAGUCUUAGGAUUCUGAGUUUUGACUCUGUACUUUGGAAACAGCGUGUCUUCUAAUGGGGAUCACACAAAGAGGUUUCCUUGAUUUGAUAGUGUGGUUUUUGUGGCUUCUAAGUUGAAUCACUUCAAUUGGGCUUGCAGGUAGACAGGGUGGUGGAGCAGCUGUGAUAGUGUCAGGAGAUUGAACUUUAAGUUUUGAUUUUCCUCCACGACAGCCCCUGUCAGUCCCUUUGAAGAUGCCAAGUGAUUUUAGGGUAACCACUAGCGAGGGACUGAGUGCAGCGACCGCUUUUUGGGGUCUUAGGGUAUACAGAUAUAAGGGAGUAUAGGUGAUCAUUCUCUCAGCAGUGAAGGUGUUAAAAUAGCUCCUAGUUUUUGUAGGGAUGUUAGUGGGGACUGGUUACACUGCCCUGUUCUAUAGGGUUCAGGCCAGAGUGAGUAUGAGAUUUUGCACUUCAGUCUGCAUUGUAAAUAACAGGUAAGAAAGCAUGCAUGCAGGUCAGAUUACACGAGUUCAAAACCAAUGUGUUUUAGUGAAAUAAUUUUCAUCAAUUCCUUUUCUUGGUGUUUAGAAAUGAAUCUGAGCAUUGCUUAAUGCAUGAUCAAAUACAAAACCUAAUUUACACAAUUUACACAUGGAGGUGAGUCGUUUUUUUAGUUUAAAUGUACCUUGUUUGUGGUGUUCAGCUGAAGGUAUCUCUUCCUGGUACUAAGAUUGUCCAGUGGAAGUAUAUUUCAAUCUGUUGUGUAUCAGGUACAGUCCUUUUUUACUCUGUUUUUUGCAUGGGGAGAUACUGAUAGACUAAAAAAAAAUCAGCUUAUUUCAUUCUUAUAUUCCUCCAGCAAGAGCGAGAUGCAACCUACGGCUACACCCAGUCAGGGGGUUUGUGAUUGAAGACUUGGACUGUAGCAGAAGUGUAGCGGCAAAGCUGACAGAUGUUUGAAGACAUGUUAAACUGUUCAUGACCGGUUUAACCUUUUCAGGUAAGACCUACUCCCACCAUAACAACUUGAUUUGAAAAAUUUGCUAUGGUGCCCAGAGUGUCUUUUUAAUGAAAUUUUAAUUUACUAAUCCCUUCCUAUCUAGUGGUGAUAGCCUUGCCAUGCCACAUACUGAUUCGUGGGUGUCUCAUUAGUGUAGUACUGGCCCCUCGCUCCUGGCUACUACCUGCACCUCAAUCACCACUGAUACUUCUGGAGAACAAUUCUCAGGAAUAACCUCCCCGACAUGCUGCUUUCAUUGCCAGUGCAUUGGCAUCAGAAUGGAUUGACAUGUCUUAUUCCAUUCUUGUAUUCCUCUAGCAAGAGCGAACACCACAGUAACUACUGUCUGUGCUGUGCUAUGGGAAAGCAUUGUGAUUGGCUGAGGUCACCACUUCUGAUGAUGUCAGCCAAGCAGGCAGAACAGGGGCAGAGUCUGCAGUAGCAGACUGGAAUAAAGGUAAGAUUUUACUAUAUUUAGGGGGAUAAGGUAGACCAGAGGGGGCUAGAUGGUGGUUUUAACACUAUAGGGUCAGAAAUACAUGUUUGUGUUCCUGAUCCUAUAGUCUUCCUUUAGUUGUAAAUAGUUUUCUUCUAAUUUCUAUAUUUGCAAGCAAUUCUCCAAGCUCAGUGUUUAGAUGGCAUUGAAUGUGCUUCUAUUUUAUUAAAACCAUGUGUGUACCAUGACAGGUAUCCUUAAAAACCAUUCAUAUGUAAGAUUACAAUGACUAUAUUUGUAUUUAUUUUGAGCACAAAGAGAAUUACUGCUUUUGUGCGCUAAUAUUCUAUCUGUUCUCUGCCUGUGUAACAUUUUGAGGUAUACUCACUUAGCCAGUAUUUGUGGAGAGCUGACAAAGGAAUAUUUGCAAACGUUAUACCAAAAUAGUUGAGCUGAUAUUGUUUACAGAUCAUUUAUUUUGGCCGUACAUUUGCAGCUUCAUUGUCAAGCCACAAUUCCCAGCUAAGUGAAUAAACCAUUUUGCCAUAUAUAACAAUGGCAAUAAAACCAAAGCCGUGACUAGCAGCUGUUCCACCUCAUGGGGCCUCACUGCAUGCGCUGCUUAAAACAUAUUCCAUUUGAGAGGAGCAUUCAGUGAACCGGACAGACGCUUUACUAGAGGCAGGAGAACACAGCUCUCUGCCAAUCACAGCCCACAAUCAUUCUGUCACUAUGUUGCCUGGCUAAUGCUCACAUUGUUUAAUAAAAGUGUAUCGUGCCCGCCCCAUCGUUUUCUUAUCUUUCCAAAACAGGAAUAUAUUUUCACAACCGCAUUUACUCAAGGGUUAAAAUAUGCAAUUGGCAAGGCUCCCAUUUUAUUCUCGCUUUACAGGAUUUUCAGCUGUCCAUGAACUCUCUAACACUAACAGCUGAUAGAAUACAUGUGUUAAUAACUUAUUACAUGCUGCUUAAUGUAAAGUUGCAGGUACGCAAAAAAAAAGAAUCUUAGCAUUAGAAUUAGUUUAAAAAUAACAUAACACAAACAUGUAUAGGGCCAGCCUAGUACAAACAGUUCUUUCAUAACCUGUAGAUUAACAGGACUGUACAUAGGAUAAGAUGUCACCUACUUGGAUUUAUGUGAAGAUUUCUCCUACAGCAGAACGUGUUCUUUACAAUAUGAAUAAUUAAGGUGAGAAAAUGUGUCCCUCAAGAUGUAGCUCUGUAGAGAGGGCUUUCAGGGAUUGGAGUUUUCAAAUUGACUGUUAGCAGGUGUGAGUAGAGUAAAGCAGCUUUAUAUAGACUGACAGUAAAUGUACGGGGGUGGUUUGUAUAAAUUUACUCCAAACUAGGAUUGAGUGGUCUAUGAGGUGAAAUGCCCUUGUCCCAGGCCUCCUAGCAGUUCCGAUUGAUCACGACAGACCCAAUUUGCCCUGGCUCUGCCUUGUCUGAACUAGAUUAUGAUGCCAUUUACUAAACUUAAAAUUAAUUUUGAAGAAAACAGAGGGUCUCAUGAAAAAUGAUAACACAAGUUAUAAGUGAUUUUAAAAGUUUUAUUCAAUGGAAGAAAUUCCAGAGAAGUGACAGGUCCCGUGAAAUGGAAACUUUUAAGUCCCGUAACUAUGAAAGCAGGGGGUAUAGGAAUGGAAUGAUGUGGCAGCACUCCGUUCAAACACCGGCAUGCUGGCAACUGAGCCAGUGUGUUAGCGUCACUUGUGUAACUUUCCUCAAGCAGAGCAAAUCAGUGAUCGUCAUCGGAGGAGUGGACCGGAGAGCAGCAGAGGAGCGGGGGUGGACUUCGCUAAUGUAAUUACGGCGCGGGAGCGUAGACCAAGGUAAGUGACUACAAGUUCCCUUUAAUUGGGGUUCUUAAAGGAACACAAAGCAUUACAGUUCAAUGAGAUUCCUAUGAAAUGAAAAGGAACAUGCACACGCAAGAAGAUGCACACAGGCAUAGACUCAGAGGCUUUUCAAAUGUUAUUAAAGAGACUGAACAUCUCUUCCAGGGAAAAAUGGUACGGUUUGCAAAGGCUGUAGUCUUUUGCAAGCUCUUUUUAGAUAUACCCACAUUAAAUUUUAGUCAGGGCUGCCAUUACAACUCAGGGCCUCUUCAAUCUAAUGACCAGACCCCCGAAGAAGCUCACAUCCACACUCGUAAACACAGAAGCCAUACUCACUGGCACAUUAAUGGAUACACCGACAGAAUGAUAAACACACAUACAAUGAUACUGUUACACACUGCUUCAAAAACACACACAAAGACAAUGACUGCCAGACAUACAGUCUCAGGUUUACACAUACACACAAAGAUUAACAAUGCCAUACCACACAUACAGUCUCAUACACAAUGCCACAAAAAAAUAUAUACACACACACACACACACAUACACUCACACUCAAAAAUAUAUGUUGUAAGUCAUUCUCUUGAUUUCAUAACUGUUGAAGUAGGAUGGUGGCUUCCCUGGGUUCUAGAGUGGAUUUGGCUGCAAACUUGGAUGCCUCCCCCAUUGGCUUCUUCACACACCGGGAGGAAGUACUAUGUUAUGUCUUCCUCCCACAAUACUGCACAGUAGGAGCAAGGGGGCAGCCAGCACAUCCCAGUAAGGGGGCCACACAGGAGUCCCACUGUGCGGUUUGGUUGCGGGAGAUCGUUAUAUCUGCUCAGCUCAACUGGAGCAAAUAUUUCUACAUGGCUCCUUGAAGACCCUAGGGCCUGGCCUGUUCCUUUAAUUGGGUACUGACUGUAUCUCCUGAUGGCGGCUCUGAUUGUAACGACUUGAAAAUCAUUUUGCUAAAUUUAGAAAUACAGCCAAGCUGUAGCUAUAGAUGAGUUGGAGAAUUUUUCAAAACUAGCCUUUUUUGCUUAACUUUUUCAAGGCGAUUUCUAUUCUUUCCGGGUUUACGGUUUUGCAUACACCCCUGUUUAGUUAAUAAACCCCUUACCAAUUUUUAAUAUGCCAGAAGAAAAGAUUUGUAAUUCUCAAUUCAGACUGAAUUGAAGCCCCCCUUGCUCGACACAAGAAGGACUCCUGCUAUCCCAAGCAGUGUGCUCUCCCUAAGUGCACAGCUCCCUAGGUGGAAGAUUGUAUACCAUGCUAGACCAGCCCUGUGAUUGUUCCUUUAAUAUAAUUUUUGUCCCUUCUCCCGUCCACACAUCUUUGAAGUGAUAGUGAAUCUGUGAAAACAAACCUCGCUGCCUAGCAACGCCCAGCCGCUCAUGCUAACACAGUCACCUGGAGACGCAGCUUGGGCCAUUCAGUCCUUCUCACUGUACCAACCGUCAGCGCCCCUUUUACCCCACACUCUGCCAACCAUCAACCUCUCUCUCUCCCCACAGCUGCCAACCAUCACCCAACUUUCAGCCCCCUCUUCGUCCCCACAGCUGACAGUCCCCUCUCUUUUCUCACAGCCAUUAACUAGCAGUCCCCUCCCUCCUCACUGCCACCAAGUGUCAGCCCCCUCCCUCCAUGUCAGCCGGUGUCCUGCUUAAGUUGGUUCACUGUAAAGAUGUGAUACCACAUCACUGGGGAGCUGGGCAAGCAGACUAUGUGAGCAGGGAGGGGCCACAAGGCUAAGUGUGGCUGCUCAAAGUCCUGAAAGGUCAAUAAAUAAUUCCGGCUUAUCUCUCCUGCAUGUAAAUCCUUAGCCUGUUCCCCUACAAUAAGCAGGAAGUCCCUUUAAUGUCCCUUACCAUCAAUAAAAAGCAAGUCUGUACUUUUUCCAAGCAUAUUUAAUUAUCAGUGUGCGCUAUUUUAGCAUACUUUUAGCACUAUCUGCAAAUUAAACAUUUAUGCUCCUCAUAUACACUUCUUGUGUGUGUAUAUAUAUUAUAUUAUAUUACAGAAUAAAGCCAAGAGAAUAGAUGUCACAGGUAUAAGGCCCUAUGAGCGGAUUAGGUCUCAGUUAUAGAUGCACCUUGUGUAUACUCCCCCAUAAACAUCUAAAGUUGGACUUUGGGAAGCCAGGUCUGGCCAAGGUAACUGUGAGAAGUCAUGUUUCCACAACUAUCCCAGAAUUAACAGCUUGACGUGCAGAAAAGCACAGACAGACAUCCUGUUUUAGACUUCACUCUGCGUUUACGCAGGUUCCCCUAGCAAUGGACGCUAUUUUAAAGUGACUUUGUCAACUCUCACCUCACCAAAAUAAUGAGCAUUUACUAAAGCCAUGUUGGAAUUUCACUGAAAUUCUGUUACAGUCGAUGCAAUAUCAUAAGACAAAGUACAGACUUUUUCCACUUGAUAAAAAUGAGAAGCUACCACUGUCAAUAAUGACAUCAUGAACAACCAGGAGCUGAAGAGGAUACACCAGACCAGGAUGGCGGCCACCAUAAAGGACAUGUUCCAUUAAGUCCAACCUACCUUUCCCCACAUCCCUGGGCUCCCACACACCAAGAAGCAAUGUCACCAUCGGGGGUCUUUGCAAAUAAGUGUACUGGUCAUGUAUUAACCCUUCCAGUGCCAUGGGGGAUGAUGAAAGGUGUUGCUUUCUGAGAGACUGAAAGGUUUGAUAAAUACACAUUGUAUAAUGAGAAAGUAUGAGGAGGGAAAAAUAUUUUAUUUGCAGGUGACAAUAAAUAUGUAUUUAGACAGACAGACACAGACAUGCAUACAGACAUACAUUAAUUUUAAAAAUGAACUGGCAGAUAAUUAUAUGUGUUUAUAAAUAAUUUCUGGCUCUCAUUUUAUUGAUGGUAAUGGGCAUAAAGGACUGCAGGGGAAUAGGUCGAGCAUAUUACAUUUAGGGGAGAAAGGCAGGGAUGUUUUAUUGACCUUCCAGGACCUCCAUUAUCCACACACAGUCACACUCAGCCUCCCUGUCCCUCCCUGCUCACACUGAGUGCUGCUUGGUAACAUCAAUCAAUACAGCCAGCCAGCCAGCACACACCGGCCGUUACAGGGGGGGAUCUCUUCAUCCAUAGCUGGCCAGUAAAGACCCCCAUUGUGGCCAGUACAGGGCGGAGCUGGUCGCCCAGGGGGUGGAGACACUGGUUACCCGGCUCUGUCUGUCUCCCCUGGGGAGAGCUGGAGGAGGGCCCAGGGGCCGCCCUUAGUGUGUAGGCCGGGGAUGCCGGGCGCCCCCUCCCUGCAGCUGAGCGGAGUAUCCGGGGAGAGCAAGAGCAGGAGCAGGAGGAGGUCCAUGAGAUCGGUGGGAGCCGGAGACCGGAGUUCAUGACCCUCCCCUGCCCCCUCCGCCAUGUUAACGAGGAAGAGCUGUGCCGCUGCUGGCAUCCACCCUGCCGGUAAGGGCAAAACCUGGGCAACCUGGCACAUAGCAUGGCAUAGCAUAGCAUAGCAUGGCAUGGGGGGAGGGGGCUACUCCAUAAUGGCUGACACCCCAAAAUUCAUGGUGUGUGUGUGUGUGUGUCAGUAUACAUUGUGCUGGCUGUAAUGGUGUGUGUCAGUAUACAUUGUGCUGGCUGUAAUGGUGUGUGUCAGUAUACAUUGUGCUGGCUGUAAUGGUGUGUGUCAGUAUACAUUGUGCUGGCUGUAAUGUGUGUCAGUAUACAUUGUGCUGGCUGUAAUGGUGUGUGUCAGUAUACAUUGUGCUGGCUGUAAUGGUGUGUGUCAGUAUACAUUGUGCUGGCUGUAAUAGUGUGUGUGUGUCAGUAUACAUUGUGCUGGCUGUAAUAGUGUGUGUGUGUCAGUAUACAUUGUGCUGGCUGUAAUAGUGUGUGUGUGUCAGUAUACAUUGUGCUGGCUGUAAUGGUGUGUGUCAGUAUACAUUGUGCUGGCUGUAAUGGUGUGUCUGUCAGUAUACAUUGUGCUGGCUGUAAUGGUGUGUGUAUGUGUGUGUGUCAGUAUACAGUGUGUUGGUUGUAAUUGUGUGUCAGCAUACAGUGUGUUGGUUGUAAUUGUGUGUCAGCAUACAGUGUGUUGGUUGUAAUUGUGUGUCAGCAUACAGUGUGUUGGCUGUAAUUGUGUGUCAGUAAACAGUGUGUUGGCUGUAAUUGUGUGUCAGUAUACAGUGUGUUGGCUGUAAUUGUGUGUCAGUAUACAGUGUGUUGGCUGUAAUUGUGUCAGUAUACAUUGUGUUGGCUGUAAUGGUGUGCGUGUUACUCUGUAUACAUUGUGCUGGCUUUAAUGGUUUGUGUGUGUCACCCUGAAUACACUGUGCUGACUUUAAUGGCGUGUGUGUGUAUACAUUGUGCUGGCUGUAAUUGUGUGUCUGUAUACAUUGUGCUGGUUGUAAUGGUGUGUGUGUGUUACCCUGUAUACGUUGUGCUGGCUGUAAUAGUGUGUGUGUGUCAGUAUACAUUGUGCUGGCUGUAAUGGUGUGUGUCAGUAUACAUUGUGCUGGCUGUAAUGGUGUGUCUGUCAGUAUACAUUGUGCUGGCUGUAAUGGUGUGUCUGUCAGUAUACAUUGUGCUGGCUGUAAUGGUCUGUGUAUGUGUGUGUGUCAGUAUACAGUGUGUUGGUUGUAAUUGUGUGUCAGCAUACAGUGUGUUGGUUGUAAUUGUGUGUCAGCAUACAGUGUGUUGGUUGUAAUUGUGUGUCAGCAUACAGUGUGUUGGUUGUAAUUGUGUGUCAGCAUACAGUGUGUUGGCUGUAAUUGUGUGUCAGCAUACAGUGUGUUGGCUGUAAUUGUGUGUCAGUAAACAGUGUGUUGGCUGUAAUUGUGUGUCAGUAAACAGUGUGUUGGCUGUAAUUGUGUGUCAGUAUACAGUGUGUUGGCUGUAAUUGUGUGUCAGUAUACAUUGUGUUGGCUGUAAUGGUGUGCGUGUUACUCUGUAUACAUUGUGCUGGCUUUAAUGGUUUGUGUCUGUCACCCUGAAUACACUGUGCUGGCUUUAAUGGCGUGUGUGUAUACAUUGUGCUGGCUGUAAUGGUGUGUCUGUAUACAUUGUGCUGGUUGUAAUGGUGUGUGUGUUACCCUGUAUACGUUGUGCUGGCUGUAAUGGUGUGUGUGUCUGUAUUCAUUGUUCUGGCUUUAAUGGUGUGUGUCUGUAUACAUUGUUCUGGCUUUAAUGGUGUGUGUCUGUAUACAUUGUUCUGGCUUUAAUGGUGUGUGUCUGUAUACAUUGUUCUGGCUUUAAUGGUGUGUGUGUCAGUAUACAUUGUUCUGGCUGUAAGGGUGUGUGUCACCCUAUAUACAUUGUGCGGCUGUAAUGAUGUGUGUCAAUUAACAAUGUUCUGGCUGCAAUGGUAUAUGUGUCUGUAUACAUUGUACUGGCUGUAAUGGUGUGUGUGUGUGUCUGUAUACAUUGUACUGGCUGUAAUGGUGUGUGUGUGUGUCUGUAUACAUUGUACUGGCUGUAAUGGUGUGUGUGUGUGUGUUACCCUGUAUACGUUGUGCUGGCUGUAAUGGUGUGUGUGUGUGUGUUACCCUGUAUACGUUAUGCUGGCUGUAAUGGUGUGUGUGUGUGUGUGUGUUACCCUGUAUACGUUGUGCUGGCUGUAAUGGUGUGUGUGUGUGUUACCCUGUAUAUGUUGUGCUGGCUGUAAUGGUGUGUGUGUGUGUGUGUUACCCUGUAUACAUUGUACUGGCUGUAAUGGUGUGUGUGUUACCCUGUAUACGUUGUGCUGGCUGUAAUUUUGUGUGUCUGUAUACAUUGUGCUGGCUGUAUUUGUGUGUGCCACUCUGUAUACAUUGCACUGGCUGUAAUUGUGUGUGUUACCCUGUAUACAUUGUGCUGGCUGUAAUUGUGUUUGUCAGUAUACAUUGUGCUGCCUUUGUCACAUUCUCUGUUUUGUCCUAGACAUAUCCUUUCAUGGCAGUAGGUAGCACAUACAAAAUGCUGCCCUGCUGUAUGUAAAAUUCCUAUACUACCAGAAAUAACCCAUCAUCCUAUAUGACAAGUUAUAGGAAUGCAAUGCAUUAAUACAGUACAUGAGAUGAUUAAUAAGGAACAUGUAGCAGGGCAGCAUUGUCCAGGAAUACAUGACAACCUCUAUACAUGUGUGAAUGUACCUUGAUACAUACACAAUAAGAGUAUUCCUGUGUGUGUAUAUAUAUUAGAUUUGUUUUAAUUAUUUUUUUUCCAGCCAUUAUAUGUGUUCAUUUUGUGCACUCUUGGUGUUUCUAGUGUUGCUAUAGUAAUCCUGUCAUUUGCAGCUCUGAUCUAUAUCUGCUCUGCUGCUUUCCUGUUACAGCCUGCCCCUCCCCCAUAGUGACCUCACACAGUAUGCCUCUAUAUUUGUGGGGUCUGCUUCCUCCACAGGUUCAGGUGCAGGUGGUAACAGCUCUGUGCCAUCGAAGGAGAAGUCACAGAGCAAAAUAAAAACUUAUUUAAGGACUGUCAAUUCUCCUUAUCCCUUAUACCUCUACAGAAGGUAAAGGACUAUGCUGUGAUUCCUUCAGAUUGCUAUAGUACUGUCUGUCUGUGGCUGUCACACCGUGUAUUAUAGCCUGUGUAUUGGACUAGAACUGAGACAUGGAUUUUUUGCAAGCUUCUCUGUGGAAGAAAUCAUUGCAAGACUGACAGAAUCAAAGGACGAGCCAGUCCUGUACAUCACACUUGCAAAUGAAAAUCUAAUACUGUCUGACUUGGAAAUCCUGUUUGUUUCAUUCUCCAAUUGAACGCAGUGGCUGGCUAAUCUUGGAUCAUGGGUUUAUCCCUCUUGACAAUUGAACCCUUCAUGUAAUUAGCAGAUUGUGCUGUCUGAGCUGUUGAACUCUGCUAGUAACAUUAAUGGCCAGCAUUUUUGCUUUUUUUAUUUAAUUUUUUUUUUUACAUUUAUAGAUAUUUAGAUUUUUUUUUACAUUUUUUUUUUUUUUUUUAAACUGGUGUGUGUCAACCUGAACGUUUUUUAAAUACGUGGAUAUUGUACAUUUAGGGGUGCAGAAACUGGCUUCCCUUGUCCUGAGAUAUGGUUUAUGUUUUCUGUGCAGCAGGGAGAGGAAGUGAAGGCAUUAGUCAGAUGCAACCAUCACCAGGAUUACCACGAUCUGCCGCAGGCACAGGACCGCCAUCACCUGUAUCUUUGCCACCACUCAGAGCUGGCAACUCUGCGCAUAUGGUAAGGGCCAAUGGUAAACAAUAUAGCGGAGAACACAGGUAGAAUGUUAUGCAUAUUUUUGCUUUCCUGAACGUGUUGUUUCACCUGCAACUCCAAACUCAUUCAUCAGUUAUUUAUUCUUAUUUUUUAUUUUUUUUAAAGCUUUUUAUAUUUCAGUUAAGUCAUCCCCUCCUCCUUGUCUCCCUCAUCUCGCCAACCAAUUUGGUAUUAAUAGAAAUCUGCAAGGUGCAGUUAGUCUGACAGCCAGGCAGUAUGUUAGUGUCUAUUUCAUGCGUACAGAGUUGGAAGAAACAGCAGACUCCGUCCUUCCAUUUAAUGUAUGUGAAAAUAUUUUUCAACAUAUUUUAAUUUUUUUGAAAUAUACCGGUAAGUUAGGAAAAUAUUUGUGAAAUUUAAAAAGCAUUCUUUUAAAUGUUAGCAUUCAUCUUUUGGUGUUAAAUCAUUUUCUACAUAUAUUAUAAUGAAAAACUACAACUUUUGAAACUAUAUACAUUUAUUUCCAUUCUCUCCAAUUUUCCAGCUUUUAUCAGAGAGAAAUUCUUAAUGAUGUAUCUUUUGUUCAUUAUUAUUUUUUUUAAUAUCUUGUAAUGAAUGCUGUAAAUUAUAGUACUCUAGGUUUGCUCCAGCCAUAUAUAGCUUGGUGGGUUUUAAUCUGUCCCGUUAGAUUUAAAAGUGGAGAUUUGGCCUUAGUUUCUCAUCCAUAGGUAAUUGCAAUGAACGAAAAUCACCAUAACUACUACAGCACCACUGUAGUGUUUAUAGGGCCAGUGCCCUGGCAGAGUCCCACCGUGAGUAGUUAAAGAGCUUUUAGUGCAUUUUGACUGUUUAGCUGGGUCACAUGCAGUAUUAUUAGUAUUUUGUUUCUCUGCAUGAGAAACCAGAUGUCUCUGUAGAAUAAAGCACGUCUAAUGCAGUACUGCCCUCUUCGGCUGAAAGCACUCAGGAGAUGCUUCCAGCCAAUGACCCUGCAUGCCCCUGCUUUGCGCUGUAGUGCAAUCUAGAUCAUUCUGCAGGAGAAGACGUGAUGCAGGCGACGCGACUGUGGAACCCAAGUCAUUACUAAAUGGUUUGACUACUGUAGUAGUUAUGUUGCUUGGGGUGUUCUUUUUUUUUUUUUUUUUUUUUUUGUGGGUGGUCUAAGUACCAUUAGUAUUAUAUGCUGUUUUAGUGGUUAUGGUGCUAGUAGGCUUUGGGUUCCACCCUUAUUCUGACUGGGGUACAUAGGGCAAUUACAGCUUAAUUCCUGCUUGCUGGAUCAGCAAUGUGCAAGUACUAGACUAGUACUAGUAUAGUAGUUCUGCAUUCUGACUUUAUUCACUAAAUUCUUGAAUUGUGGAGAAUCGAUCUUGAGACUACAAGUUGUACACAAAAUAGGGGGAUUCUCUAGUUAAAGUAAUUUCAGCAAUUUAUAGUACUUUGUAAUCCUUGAUGGUUGUAUAUCGUGAUCAGAUUUUAUAUAUGAAAAUAAAUACAUAUAUAUUUGUUUUGCUUUGAAGUACACAAUGAAUAACGAAUGAAUGGCUACACUGAGUUGAAUAAGCCAAUGCUAGAACAUUUAUAAAACUGCUGUCAAACUAUUUAUUUUAUGCAAAUUUGCAGAAAAAAAAUAUUAUUGCAGUAUAUUUAUAUUUUGUUUUGUAUGCCUUGUGUAUUAUCAUUUACACUCCCUAGUGAGGCAAAGAUAGUUACUUGCCCCCAACCAAUGGCCCUUUCCCCCCCCCUUUCUCCUUGUUAUAGGAUAUGCCUUUAUAAUAUGUUUUAUCUUUUAACUGUAUAAGCCUAUAUAUAAGGCACACACCUAUGUUUGCAAAUGAGUGAACUGUAGUUAAAAUUAGAAACCGUCAACCAAUAGAAAAUAAUUUGAUCUGAAGUGGUAAAUAGAUUUUUCAAUCACCUUUGACACAUCACAAUGCUCUUGUAUUGGAUUAAUUAAUCCCCACAUCAAUGCCACUUUAUUUAAUUUUUAUGAAACACUCCUAUUGCUUGUCUCAAAAGGCAAAGUAUGGACUACAAUAUUUUACAUUCGAUUGAGGUUGAUAAAAGCUGGAGCUACCGCCAUGAACUCUUGCCUUUUCUCAGCAACUACUAUGGAAAAGUAAUCUUCUAAUAUAUUGGGCAAGAAGUACCCUGGGGUGCUUUCCAUACCCCUCUGUUUGUACACUCACAAGUUCUUGGUGGAUGAUCCUGUAGUAGUAGGAAAACAAGCAGUGCACAUGUGGAAGAGUUUCAGUUUAGUAUAUCUCCCUUUAACUUCUCACCCCAGCUGACGCAAAACAAGUGGGAAUAUCAGCUGUCAAAAGACCCUGAAAGUGACACUCAGUAAUAAGUACUGGAACUAAAUAAAUAUCAUAGUUUGAAGAAACUCACACUCUUAAUACCCAAGCAAGGUUAGGCAUGCCAAAGGCAAUGUAUAGUGUUUAUAGUGUGCUGAAUUGCCGGUUUCAAAGACUCACCCUUGACAUGCCCAGGCUUGUUCAGUCUUCACUGUGGUUGGUUUAUUAAAAUUGCACAAAUACUUAUAGGCAACUGCAUAUUUGUUAUUUAUCAACAUGGACAAUGGCUGCUGAUUAUCAGUUAAAGGACCAGCCCACUUGCUUUAUAUAUCUGGAGUCUGUCAUAUUUCUGGAAAUUUAUAAGUGAUGAUUUCUAUUGAAAUAACUUCUUUUUAAUCUACUCAUUGAACUGGGGGCAGAAACACGAACCUGGCUAUCAGACUGCCUGUGAGGUUUUCUUCUGCAUCUUUUCGCUUCCUGCACAUGCUUUCACCGUUGUCAAUAAGCUGUAUUAGAAAGCAGUGAUUGCAUGUGCGUGAACAAUAAUGGCUCCAAUAUAACAGCUUCUCAAUGAGAAGCCUCUGAUUGGAGUAUUCCCUGGCACAGACUGAAAGUCUGUGCAGGGAAAAGAGCGAAGGGGUUGCAAAGGUUUCGCACAGCAUCUCUGCAACUUUUGCAAGCUGUUUUUAGAUAUCACCAAAAGAAAAAAAUUAGAAUUAAAUGUAUGCAUGUUUUAAUUGGGAGUAUCUAUUAGACAGUGAUAUUUAUCCCAAUUGAGUUUCCUUUAACAAUCUUGAAGCGUUCAGAAUACCACUGUUUAUUUUUGAGAGCAUGUUUACCAGUAUUGGGCCUCUACCUAUAUCUUAUGACUUAAUAGGGAUCCUCAUCUCAAUGAAGUGGUCUGGGUGCACUGUCCUUUUAACCCUGUAAAACACUGCAGUUUUUUUUGUUUUUGUUUUUUUGGAAACUGUAAUGUUUACUUUGCAGGGUUAAAGGGACACUAAUAGUCACCAGAACAACUUCAGCUUAAUGUAGUUGUUCUGGUGAGUAUAAUCACAGCCUUCAGGCAUUUUUGAUGCAAACACUGCAUUUUCAGAGAAAAGGCAGUGUUACAUUGCCCACUGGAGGUGGUUCCUGGGUCAGUGCUGCACAGUAGGCAGCUCUGCCGAUUGCACGCUGAAUUUUCCUCAUAGAGAUGCAUUGAUUCAAUGCAUCUCUAUGAGGAGUUGCUGAUUGGCCCCGCCCCCUUGCUGAUUUUAGCCAAUCUAAUGCUUUGGGGAAGCAUUUGAUUGGCUAAAAAUCUGCAAUUGUGAUGAUGUCACCAAGGGGGUGGGACCAGCACCAGCAGACCCGCAUGGUGCUGGAAAUAAGGUGAGUAUUUCAUGCUUUUAAGGGGGGGCAAGCCACCUAAAUGGUGGGUUAAACACUAUAGGGUCAGGAAUGCAUGUUUGUGUUCCUGACCCUACAGUGUUCCUUUAAGUCCAGCUCUAGUGGCUGUCAGUUAAUAUGUUAAUUGCAUAAUUGUUGACUUUUUCGAUGGCCUCAAAAUAUUUUGAAGUUUUUGCUUAUGAGCAGAAUGAAAACCACACAGUCUUUCCCGUGCCUAAGGAGUAAUAACUAUGUACAUUUUAAAAGAGUGCCGGUUUUUCUUUUGAAUUUUUAUUUAUUUAUUUAUUUAUUAAUAGCAGUGUUUGAAGUUCAUUUGUUGCUAAAUGGUUAGGAUGCAGAUUUUAUUGCUGUGAAACCUUAGGAUUUGCUUCAUGACAGCUGAGGUUAACAUUUUAGCCAACCCUGUUUUAGUCUCUCAAAUAUAGAUAAAAUAUAGAUUUCUGACAAGUUACCACAGUACAAAUUAAAAACACAAAAAACCCCCACACAUUUGUUCAUUCUCUCUUGCAACCUGACUCUGGACAUUGCAUUGCAUUUAAACUUCUUUGUUUGACAGUUAUCAAUAUUUCUUAGCAAGUUGCGGGGCUGGUUACAUAGCUUAUCUGUAUAAACACAUUUAACAUAUUUUAUGGUACUGUUGUUCAAAUAAAGAACACAUGGGGAGUACAUUCUGUGGCAGAAACCUACUCCAUAACAUCGCCGUGAAAUUAUCAAGAGGCUGGUAAAUUAGGUGGCUAGCCUGUUCUAAAAUUGUAGCUCAUGAUUUGUUUUUGAUACACAUGGUUAAUAAUCGAUUACCACUUGUCUUUAUCAUUUGCAGAUCGGAGGCAAUAAGCACACCAUGAAUGAACACCUGCACAUUAGCAGCCAUGGACAGAUCCAGGUGCAACAACUGUUUGAGGAGAACAGCAACAAGCGGACUGUCCUGACAACACAACCAAAUGGGCUUACAGCAGUUGGAAAAAGUGGAAUACCGAUUGUUUCAGAAAGGCAGCUCGAGAGCACACACAGAAGGCAAGGAAGCUCUAGCUCUUUGAAGUCAUCCGAUGGGACAACCAAGGUAAAGCAGUCUUCAUUAACUCCGGAGCAAACAAUGAAGCAAUACAUGCAGAAGCUGAGUACCUUUGAGCACCAUGAAAUUUUCAACUAUUCGGAAAUAUUCUUUUUUGGUCCCAAUGCAAAGAAGCGUCAAGGUGUAAUUGGUGGCCCAAACAAUGGCGGCUACGAUGAUGAGCAGGGUUCAUAUGUUCAAGUGCCACAUGACCACGUAGCCUAUAGGUAUGAAGUGCUGAAAGUCAUCGGGAAAGGAAGCUUUGGACAAGUUGUGAAGGCUUAUGAUCACAAGCUACAUCAGCAUGUGGCAUUAAAAAUGGUACGAAAUGAAAAACGCUUUCACAGGCAGGCUGCAGAAGAGAUCAGAAUCCUUGAACAUCUGAAGAAACAGGAUAAGGACAACAAUAUGAAUGUCAUUCACAUGUUGGAGAACUUCACAUUCCGUAAUCAUAUCUGCAUGACAUUUGAACUUCUGAGUAUGAACCUCUAUGAACUUAUAAAGAAGAAUAAAUUCAUGGGCUUCAGUCUGCCGUUGGUUAGAAAAUUUGCUCACUCAAUUUUACAGUGCUUAAAUUCACUUUACAAAAAUAGAAUUAUCCACUGUGACCUUAAACCUGAAAAUAUUUUAUUGAAGCAACAGGGUAGAAGUGGCAUUAAGGUAAUAGACUUUGGUUCAAGCUGUUAUGAUCAUCAGCGUCUCUACACUUAUAUACAGUCUCGUUUUUAUCGUGCACCUGAAGUUAUUCUUGGUGGUCGCUAUGGAAUGCCUAUAGACAUGUGGAGCUUGGGUUGUAUUCUUGCAGAACUAUUGACUGGUUAUCCACUUUUACCUGGGGAAGAUGAAGGUGAUCAGCUUGCGUGUAUGAUUGAGUUGUUAAGUAUGCCUCCCCAAAAACUACUAGAUUCUUCAAAAAGAGGCAAAAAUUUUUUCAGCUCCAAAGGUUACCCUCGUUAUUGCACUGUUACGAGCCUGCCUGAUGGUUCAGUGGUACUUAAUGGUAGUCGCUCCCGAAGAGGAAAAUUGCGUGGUCCACCUGGGAGUAGAGACUGGGUGACUGCGCUUAAGGGCUGCGAUGAUCCUCUAUUUCUGGACUUUUUAGCGCAGUGUUUAGAAUGGGAUCCUACAUUGCGUAUGACACCUAGCCAGGCUUUGCAGCAUCCAUGGCUACGGAGACGUUUGCCAAAGCCUCCAACUGGGGAAAAGCCCUCAUCUAAAAGAGUAACUGAAAGCUCUGGUGCUAUAACAUCAAUUGCAAAAUUACCUCCCACUUCUGGCUCUGCUGCAAAAAUAAAGACCAACUUAGCUCAAAUGACUGAUGCCAAUGGAAAUAUACAGCAAAGGACAGUAUUGCCAAAGCUGGUUAGCUGAUUUUUGACACAGACACUGAUACCGUGUUGAGCCUUAUGCAUUUGAAGACACAGCUCAAAUCUAGAACAUUUUUAAUUAUUAAAUCUAACGAUUUUAUGUCUGCAACUUUGGUUUUUUAACUUUGAGAUUUUGUAUUGUAAACAAAGGGGACAAUGCUUUAAGGUUUUAAUACGUUUUUUUUUUUUUUAAUUUGUUGUUUGCUUUGCUAAAUUUAGAAAGUGUCAUGAAAUCGGUGGCUGGCCACUGAGUCAAAUAUUUUGACUGUUAAAAUAUUUAUUGGUGUCAAAAGUGUUAAGCACUAUAUGUUGUGAUCAGCAGAACUUAGGCUUGGAGUCAUGUAAACUAUUUUAUUUCAUGAAAUAAUUAUUUUACAUGCGUUGCAGAGUUACCCAUCCCAAUUUUACUCAAUUUGAUUAGUGGGGAAUUUGUUGAUGUACCUUGUGCCACACUGGUAAUUCAGACUAGUGAAGUUACAUUGUUUGCGCAUUUUUUCACCCAUCAAAGAAACAAAAAAAGUCAGGUUUACUUAAAGGACACUCAAAGCACCAUAAACACAACGGCCCACUGUUUAAUGUGGCAGUGGUGCACUGAUGCCCUGCCAAAUCAUAUUGAGGACUGCUUGGCCACUUUCCCUGGAGCCAGAAGCACCUACCAGGAACUUCAAUGCAGGAACAGCUCAUUGGCCGAUGGUGUCAGUUGAGUGCCGUGUGCCAAUGAGUGCCUCCCUGUACCAAUGGGCUUACCUCAUUGCAGGAGCUUCUGGCUUGAUGAGUGCCCAGCAGAUUUCUUGUUAAUUUGUCAAUCUGAUUACCAUGGGAAGGCACAGGCUAUUUAUUGCUCCAUACCAAGUAAAGCGGGCUGUAGUAGUUAUAGUGCUUGGAUUGUUCCUUUUACAAACAGCCUGUUUUAUACAAAACUAAAAUCCUGGUGUUCUCUGGCAUUCUGUUGGUGAUUCUACAUGUCAUUGCACUUUUGCUGGUUGUGAUUGUUGCUUAUGUUACACCUCCAUGCUCAACCACAGCUCUGUAUGAGACCGCUAAUAAAAGUGUACAAUUGAAUGACUGUCAGAUUCUCUUGCCAAUAGUAACCCAGAGAAUGUCAGCAGUUAACAGGCUAAUACACAGAUCUAUUGAUGCUUUAAAAGGAAGCACUAGGAAGGGCGCAUAGUGCUCUGUCCUGUUACAUUAAGAAGAGUGGAAAAGUUAGUUUUAAAUUGCUUUUUUUACAUUACUGUUUACAUUGUUUCUGUUUUGUCAUAGAAGCAAUUUAACAGACAAAGCAGACUAGUUUUUCUUUUUAAGUGAAAUAUUUUGCAAACAAAUCUGAACUAUAUUGCAGCUCUACAUUUUAAACAACUUUGACUUUUGGAUAUGUAGGUGAUUUCAAGAUAGGAUCUUUAUGAAAAAUAGAACAUUAUUAAUUUAAAUCUUAGUAUUAACUGAUUUAUGAUAUUAUAUGGAGUUAUAGAAGAGAGAAUGUGAAUUAUUUAAAUUUGAAGGGGUGUUUUUUUUUUUUUUUUUUUACAUUUUGCUUUAAAGGCAUUUCUGACUUUUGUCAGGGUACUAUUUAUUUAGCAUAUUGAAAACAAUAUCAGAAAUAGCGUUUGGACGAGGAUUGUGUAACCAUACGUUGGCUACAGUAGCACUAACAUUCCUGCCGCCAUUUUGUUCUGAGAUUGGUGUGGUGGGAUAAGUUGCACUGCUUCUGGUUGUUAAAGUCUUAUUUUGACUGUUAAACUCUGAAUUGCAGAAAAAGAAGAAUUUUAAUUUGAAAACAAACACAUACGUGGAGGAAGGAAAAAAAAAAACCUUAAAAAUGUGAUCAGUAAUACUUUAUUUUGUUGUAAAAAUGUGAAAGUGGAGUGAAACAUGGCUGUUUUAAUUAAAAUCCUACAGAACUCCCGACUAAUUGCAUUAUAUUUGCUUUUUAAAGAAAUUAAAAUAUUUUUUUCUUUUUUAUAUAACUUAAAGCAUCGUUCCCCCCCCCCCAAAAAAAAACAAAACAAAAAAGUUUCCGGCUUCUCUUUUCUCUUUUGCCUACACCUGUCUUGUACUACUUUUUUUUUUUUUUACCCUAUAUUGUUUAAAGUCAAAAGGGAUUGCAAUUUAAAUUCAAUGCACUGCUUUCAAAGUGAUAUAUCACUUUAUUUUAUAGUGAAUAUAGGGUCUUGUUAGCCCUUGGCAAUUUGCACAGUUAUUGAGAGGGACGUUUUUAAUCUAACUUGUCAGUUUUAUUUUAAUUUUAUUUAUUUUUUUACAAAAAAUAAAUAACAUUCACUUUAACGAUUUGUCGGUCUGACCAAGCCUCUACGAAAUAUUUGAUGUUAUUUACUAAACUGGGACUUGUUGAGAGCUGAUACAAUAAUUCAAAAUUUUAGACUGAAAUCCCUUAAAAUGUACAAUUACUUUGUCAGUUCUCAGCAGUUCUAACAUACCGAUUAACUCAGUUUUAUAUUUUAAUAUAUACAAGGCAUUUCUCUUAAGGCAUAGUUUGAACCGGAAACUUCUUAAGACAGGGUUGAAUCACUAAGCUCUGUUAAUAUUUUUUAUUUAAUUUGUACUGUUGGUGAAAACCCUACUACCUCCGUAAAUGAGGUUACUUUUUCCUUUGGUCAUUUUGUGAUAUUAGUGCAAACAGGAAGCAUGUGGAGUGUAACUUUUUGAUUUCCUUAAGGGCUCUUGUUGGUUAACCUGCUAUAGGUCGCUUUGGAAACCAUUGCCUGGGGAAGGCUCACCUAUUUGCAGCAUUAACGAUAGCACAAUAUGUCAUUGUUUUCUUUGUUUGCAGUCUCUUUUGACUCGAAUUCAUGCUCCCACUGGGAUCUUCUUUAUCACAUAAAUGUAUUGCUGUUGGAUUGUAACGAGCAACUGCUUGGGACAGAAGUGUUUUGUAUUAAUGCGCGAUAAAUUGUGUCCUUAUUGUGAACAAUGUGCCUUUUUGUUACCAAUGCCAUGUUAUAGGGCAUACUUUUUUUGGCCUCUUUUACACAAUAAAUGGUAAGUGAUUAAAGGCAUUUCUAAUACAACUUAACACUACUUGUCUUAAAACAUCCACUGUGUUGAAGGGCCUUAAAAUAUCUAACCAUAGUGGAAGCAGAGUGCUAAAACAGAACAUUUCAUAGAGGGAAAAAAAUGACGUCAAAAAGAGUCAGUAAAAAGGUACUAACUAAUUUUAAUUAGUAAUUUGUAUUUUUAAACGGCCUUUUUUUUUUUUUUCUUAAAUGUACUAAAUGAUGAAAAUCUUAUUUGUAAGAUUUACCUCAAUUUUCUUUCUUUAUUUUGUUUUGUGUCACCAAACCAAGGGCAUUUGGUAAGAACCAGAGUGCAUUCCUUUUAAUAUUUGCUUGGCUAGAAUAACACAGGUUUUUUUUUUUCCAUUUUAGUUAAAAAUCAUUAAAAUUUUUGCUUGUAAAAUACACAAUUGGCUACAAUUUGGUUCUUGAAAAUAAAAUAGAAAAAGUUACAGUAAAAAUCAUAUGUGUUCCAAAGUUAUGUCCCAUAUUUACUGUAGUAAGGGCUUGCCCCUUUCUUUGCUGUUUGAGUAUUCUUGUAAUACAAUUCUAACCCAUGUCACUCAAACAAUUAAACAAAACCAUCUGUGUAUAUAUUUCCAAAGGCCAUCAUUUUGCUGCUACUAGUGUUCCAAGUUCCACUCUACAACCUGCUCAUCACCACAACUAUAUUUCUAUAUUUCUUUUUGCAAUUUAAAGAUCUCACAAACCUGCUAAAAAAAAUUUCUAGGCAGUGUCUUUGCUUCUGUUAAGCAACAUCUUGGACUUGUGACUGUAAUAUGCUGCAAUUGUGUGAUCUGAUAUGUGAAACACUUGGAUUGAAUGUGGACUUUGUGUAUAUUUUUUGUGUAUUUUUUUCUGUGACAUGCUGCUGGUGCCACUUCACAUUCUGUAUGUUGUAGUGGGGUAGAAUCAAAGUGGCCAGUUUUAGAAUACUGUAUGUACUGUACAGCAGGUGACAGAAGUAUGAAAUUUAUAGUGAAUAAUUGUUCAAUUUUAUUGUUGUGGCCGGAGAUCAUUUCAGAAUAAAAAUGUAUGUCAUAUUUCAAGCCUUA